AUGUGCGCAAUCGCAGCAGCAGUGCUGUGGAACGCAACAGGUUGCAACACGAUGUGGUAAGCAGUUACACACUUGAACUGAUGUGACACUAAUUUAAUUUUACUUUAGCCUGAUCACGUGCCAGACUCUUCUGGCUAUGUGCCACAGCGCAUUGGUCAUCCUGUGCACUUGGAAUAUGGCUCUACAGGCGUGGAUUCGAGUGGUGCACCCACAGGAAGUGCGGGCUAUCAUGCUGUGCCCUACGAGGGCAACAAGUGGCAUGAGGAGUACUGGGACCAGGACUACAAUGGACAGCAGUUCACACAUAACAGCACCAGAGUGCAGCAUAUUGAGGCAGAGUGUCAGGAUGAUUAUAUGAAAAUUCGCAUUGGUUUCAAUGGUUCCUUUAGUGGUUUACUGUACUCCGCUGGCUAUGCCUACGAUCCCGAUUGCAUGUACAUUAAUGGCUCUGGCAGGGAUUACUACGAGUUCUUUAUCCAACUCAAUCGUUGUGGUACCUUGGGCAAAAACUCACUACAGGAAGAGAGUCGCAAGAAUCCAACAAACUUUAUGUGGAAUACGGUUACAGUGCAGUAUAAUCCAUUAAUUGAGGAGGAGUAUGAUGAGCACUUCAAGGUCACCUGCGAGUAUGGCUAUGACUUCUGGAAGACUGUAACCUUUCCCUUUCUAGAUGUCGAAGUGGCAACUGGUAAUCCUGUAGUCUUUACACUGAGUCCACCUGAGUGUUAUAUGGAAAUCCAGAAUGGUUAUGGCAUUGGUGGACCUCGUGUAACUGGUCCAGUGCGUGUCGGCGAUCCAUUGACUCUCAUUAUCUACAUGAGAAGCAAAUACGAUGGCUUCGAUAUCGUCGUCAAUGAUUGUUAUGCUCAUAAUGGAGCAAAUAAACGCAUUCAGCUGAUUGAUCAGCAGGGCUGUCCAGUGGAUGAUAAGCUCAUCUCACGCUUCAGAGGAUCCUGGUCGGAUUCGGGAGUGUAUGAAACACAAGUCUAUGCCUAUAUGAAAACCUUUCGCUUCACAGGCUCGCCGGCACUGUACAUUGAAUGCGAUGUGCGAAUGUGCCAUGGACGUUGUCCAAGUCAGCCCUGUCAUUGGCGCAAUCUUAAAGCGGUAACGAAACGUGACACCUCCAACAUGACGGCCACAAAUCUCUCUUUGCCGCCACUGUCCGAUGUUGGGGACUCGGCCACAGAGAGUCCGGCGCAGGCUUCGCUCUCCGAGAAUGUGAAUCUGUUUCAAUCGCUGCGCGUGCUGCAGGAGGGCGAAAACGAUGGUGACGAUGUCUAUGCACAUCGUCAGUCCAAGUCACAGUUGCCGCAUCAGACUUGCCUCAAAACAUCCACAUUCUCAGCAUUGACCGCCAGCUGCUCGGCGGUGCUUUGUCUGCUGACAGUGACGUUGUUUAUAGCCUGCUCCCGCCUGAAGCGACGCAAGCAGUCAACGCUCUACGACUCCUACAUAGCGCAUAAGGGACAAAUUGAUUGAUAUUAAUAUACAGACAAUGAAUGGGUCUGAGGUGAUGUUUUGUAAAUAGUUUAUUGCAUAAAAAUACCAACGAAGUUUUGUUCGCUCGUAGUUAGAUUUCGCUCUUAAAAUAAACAUUUCAAUUAUUUUUAAA